AUGAGUACCAAACCAUUUUCUCUGGAUGAAGUUCUCGCAGUUGCGAAAAUCCAUCCGCUCUACAACCCUAAUAUAUUAUACCCACCCGGGCCUGAGGAAAUCCAGGCUAUUGUGCAGGCACAUUUCACUACUAGUAGCACCCUUAAAUCAUGGCCCCUGACUACCAAGAAAGACCUUUACCGAGUGAUCGAGCGAUUAACCAAGGACACGAACCCCGAAAAUGAAUACCGGUGUAGCUCCUACGUCAGUGUCACCGGCGGAGGUUCCGGAGACAUGCUCUUGAUGUUCUUCACAGAUGUGAAAGAAAACCGUCAGCAUCGCGCAGCGUUUGGCGAGUUUCUGCGCACCUGGGCAGAUUAUUGUAAGGACGCUUGA